AUGUCCCCGGAUGACGCUUCCAGGAUCUGCAGCGAAACCGCCAGGAAGGAAAACACGGCACCCCUGUCUUCGGAGGAAGAGGAUGGCAAGACCGUUGAAGGCCUACCUGAGGACUACGAAAGUUGGAGAGGACUAGACCACGACGCGUACGCAACAGUUUGGAGCAAAUUCAAGGAGUUUUUCUCUGAGCGUGGAUAUCGACUAUGGGAUGAAAGUAUUGGGAGGAACCUUUACACCGAUCUGGAGGAUGAGCCCAUAACAUGCAAUGGAUUCAAAUUCCUGAACCCGCCAUCUAUCAAAAAUACUCUUCUAUACCAAUUCAGAGCUUUCAAUGGUCUCAUGAAUGCCUGUUACUGUUCUCGAGGCGGCGACAAGCUCGUUCGAGUUAUGGUUCACAAAAACGUGGGCCAAAAUGACCUGGAUAUUGUGAGGUCGCUAUCGAGGUCUCGGCAUAUCUUGGCCGAGAACAAUCACAUUCUACCUCUUCUUGACGAGCUUCAUUUUGGCGACAUCGUAUUCGGAGUGUUCCCCUUGCUGAAGGGACCUAAUCUGUCUGGGGCAAUGCAUCUUGGCUCCUUGAACUCGGUUGAUGAUAUAAUGCAUUUACUCCUCCAAGCUUUUGAGGGCGUCGCGUAUCUGCACAAAAAUGGCAUUGCGCAUCGAGACCUCUUUCUAACGAAUUUCAUUAUGGAAUGGUACCCCCAAAGCGGCAAUUACAAGAUGUUCACCCGACCGCGGGUGUAUAUCAUCGAUUUCGAGACCGCCAUACAGUUCUCGAGUGACGAGGAGUCGGAGCGCGUGACCAGCACCUUCCCCGUACCAGACCGGUCCUGGUACGAGCGCCCUUUGGCUCCCGAACUCGAAAUCCCUGAUGCAGUGUAUUGUCCGUUUCGGUUGGACGUGUGGCAGAUUGCUACAGAUAUUCUGCGGUUCAAGGUCAACCUCCCAUCGGCAGUGGAGGUUUUUCGAUCUAUGAGUGUUGAGGAUCCUGGGAAGCGGCCGGGUAUACAGGAGGCUCUUGAUGCGCUUGCAGAGUGUGUGGAGGUUAUCCCGCCGAAAGAGUUGAUGGCUAUGAAGAUGUUGGAUGAGGAUGACUAG